CUCCCUUGACGUGAUGCUUGUGGGUGGACACUGUGCUGACACUCCGUUCGAAAGGAAAUUUGAUUUCAAAUUAUCUUCAUUCUUCAGAUCUGGUGUGUGCUGCCAAAACUUCUUCAGCAGAACAUAAACCAUGGGAGACUGGGGUUUUCUUUCCAAGUUACUCGACAAAGUGCAAUCGCACUCCACCAACAUCGGUAAGGUUUGGCUGACGGUGCUUUUAAUCUUCCGGAUCAUGGUGCUUGGAGGUAUUGAUAAAGUCUGGGGAGACGAGCAGUCCAACAUGGUGUGCAACGUAAUCACGCCCGGCUGCAAGAACGUGUGCUACGAUAAGCACUUUCCUAUCUCUCACAGCCGCUUCUGGGUUCUCCAGAUCAUCUUCGUGAGCCUACCGACGCUGGUCUACCUCGGCUAUGCCCUGCAUGUGAUCCACAAAGAGGACAAACUGAGGCAGAGGUUCGCUGAAAAGCAAGGAACCAAACUCCCCAAAUACACGGAUUCCAACGGAAAGCUUCAGUACAAAGGGAAUCUGUUGCGCAUCUACGUUUCUUGCCUAUUAAUGACCAUUUUGUUUGAAGCAGGCUUCAUCUGGGCUCAAUACUACCUGUACGGCUUUUUGUUGGACGCCAGGCUUAUGUGUACCUCGUUGCCAUGUCCUCAUCCCAUCGAGUGCUUCAUAUCACGUCCAACCGAGAAGACCAUCUUCAUCCUGUUCAUGGUGGUAGUAGCAUGUGUGUCAUUGUUACUGAAUAUAACAGAGAUUUUUUAUCUGAUCUGUCGGGCUUCGGUGGGUAAAAUGCAUCACCGUAAAUAUGUUACUAAAGAGACACAUUGCUGAAUUGAAAAGAAAAUUAGUUAUAUUGCUCUGUUUGGAGAACUAGGGGGUGUGACACUACAAGAAGACAAUUAUAUUAAUAACUUGUAAUUACGAUAGUACAAUAUGAUCUGUCACAAACUAUUAUACUCCACUGCAGAGGAACAGUACUCUAAAUAUGCCAUACUGCCGCACCUUAAAGGACGACACAACAAAAUGCGGUGCAAGAUUAAUCAUUUUUGUCCUUUCUGUACCUUUUCUUUAUCCGUAGUGAUGGGGAUUCUGAUUCUUUUCCUUUGUCUCAGGUAACAAAUAUGAAUCGACUCUUUUGACUCCCAAACGACUCAUUUUCUAAACAGGACAGAGUUAUAUUGUAUUUCACAAAAUAGAUUUAAAUAACGGAUUAGUCUCCUCUAACAUACUUGAUUAUAUAAGUUGGGAAUGGGAAUUCAGGUUGUUUUUUUUUUUUUUUAUAAAGUUUACAAAGUGAUUCAGUGAAUCCUUUGUCACAGGUCAUGAAGAAUCGACUCUUUUGACUCCCAAACAACUCAUUUUUUAAAUAGGACAGAAAUAUAUAUUCACAUAACCGGUUAGUCUCCUCUAAUACCUUUGACUACAUAAAGGAAGUUUUUAACAUGCAGCACUGAGAGUCAAACCCUCAAGUGAGGGUGGAAAACAUGACUAAUGAACCAGCUUCCAUUUUCAAAAGUAGUUUCCAUUUUCCAUGGAUGUAUAAGUGUAAGAUGUAAGAAAAAUAAAUGGCUCAUGCCUCUAUUCGUGGCUCUCAGAAUUCGUUCGAAAGAGUUGACUCAUGUGACUCAAUCCUAAUUUUGUCAUUACAUUUAUAUGGACUAUUUGUUCUUUCCCAUCCACUCCAAUUUAUAUUCUUGAAUCUUUAACAAAUCUUUGUUUUUUUCUUUAAAUUUCAUAAUGGUGCUGUUUGACCAAUUCUCCGAUACUAUUUUGGGUAAAUUGAUGCAUUAAUACAUACAUAUACAGUAUGAAUCUUGUAAAAUAAUGACAUACACCAUAUUGUUUUUACACACCUUCUAUCAAAUACUUCAGAUUUUUCCUUUUUAUUACUUCAAACCAUUUAUCAAUGAAAUGACACCUUUGCAGAAAUACAAGUUGUUAUAUUUUUCCGUGUUUGUGUUUAUGUGUGUGUGUGUGUGCAGGUGUGUUAUAUCGGCACAGAUUGAUAUGUACAUAAUAGCAUAUUUAAUUUAAUUUUACAUUUUAUAGCACAUUU